CCCACGUGAAGGUUGCAGAAGCUGUCGACGUGGCUCGCGACUACGACGACGACGACGACUUGAAAGCUGCUGUUGGGUCUGCUGGUGUCGUCGCGCUCCUUCGUCUGUGAGAGAGAAAGAUAGAGAAAAAGGAGAAACAGCCUUCGGUAUCAAUUUCCAAGUCGUCGCUCCAUUGACAAAAAUCUGCCACCGACGACAGAAUUACAUCAUCUAAACACUUCAACGUCUGUGUGUGAAUAUUCCUCCAGAUAGUCACAUCUGAACACCUUCCUGUCUUCACGUGUGAACAGAAGUCGUACUCCGAAUACAGUAUAACACGAAGAGGACUUUUUCCUUUGUUCUUCUUUAAACUGAAAAAAAAAUAAAGUCCUGACGAGGAAAGCGACUGGCGAGGAGAUUCCCCGACACCCAAAGUGAGAUAGAGAGAAAGAAAGAAAAAAAAAGCGGGUUAGAAAUAUUUCAGAAUCAUCUUAACCCGCAGGACGGAGGUGAUGACGGAGUGAAGUGCAGGUGUCGUUCUUACCGACUUCUGUAUCUCCUGCUCAAGGACACAUUCCUGUGGCGGCCUUGACCAGCCGUCGCCGUCUUGGAGGUGCUGAAAGUAGGUCACGUAACGGCUUUUAUAGACACCCCCGACCUUCACCUGUAUUCCCAGCACGCGCAACACUUUGCAUGUCAUGAACAUCGCGUUGGCGGAGCGAAGUUGGCGCCCACGGUGCUCCUCCGUCCUCCAGACAGAACAUAAGAACGAUUUGUUUCAGUGAAUCGUGCUCAUCCUUCCUUUGUUCCCCGGAUUCUGUCGAGGGGCUACAAGCUCUCAAAGCCGCGGUCCUCUAAACAACCGGGUGGAAGUCAAGUCGGGUGGACUCGAGAUCGCAUCUGCGUGGAGGCAGGAGUUGCUGGCUUCAGCACCAAGUGUUCAGGUGAGCUCUCGGUUGGUCACAAGACAUCAGUGGACUGUAGGCUGGACGCUGGACCACCGGCGCCAUCAAAGGAAGAUGACGUAUUACUGCAUGGUUCUAAUGACGUCAACCGUGUCCCUCGUCACAGGUGUCAGCACCAUCGCUGCACCUUUCCAGUCCGCGCUCAACGGUCGCUUCAAUGAAAUAACUCAACAGUCUAUGACAAGGGUGUUCCACGUGGAAAAGCUCAAACAACAGAUCUUGAGAAGUUUAAACCUGACCUCUGAACCUACACCCACCAGCGCCACCUCCGAACGAAACCCAGUCUUCAGCAUCCGAGCGCCGCCUUACGAGCAUCGGAUCUUCACCCAGGCCCUGCCCACCCCCUUCCUGGCCGAGCCAGUAGAUACUGAGGACAAGACAAGUGGUGAUCAGCUGCUGUUUCGCGUGAACAACCAGGAGAAGUCAAAGGUCAUCAACCGGGCCACCCUGGUGCUCAAACUGCGUUCCACGUCUGAAUGGAAGAGUAAGCUCCGCCCUGACCUGCCCCAGCGGGACAAAGGGUACAUGGCCAAGCCGGACGGCCAACCCCAACAGACCCGCAGGAACAAAAAGAAAAAUCUUCGGCUGCUGACGACGACCAAGCAGCAGCAACAACAACCACAGAAUGAGGACAAAUCGCUCAGUAGUAACAACAAGCUCCCGGAGCCAGGCCUGCCACCGAGUGAAAACGUGUCCGCGAAGAAGAGCAAAGGUCAGGACCGGCGCAACCGGAAGAAGAAGAAGAGGCAGCAGCACAUCAAGGUGCAGGUGCAGGCUUUGAACGAGGAUGGCAAGUUCCACCGAGUGACCGUGCAGCGCGUGACACUGAACUCUAGGGCGCAGUGGAUAGACAUUCAGAUCCCUGCCUCCAUCGUGGCACGUGCUGCACAGUCGGCCAAUCAAACUCUCGUGCUCAAGGUCCGCUGCAAGCGCUGUCACGAGCGGCGCAUCUUCAUCGAGUCCGUCUUCCCGCGCGGGCGUCACGGCCACAAGGAUGCGCGCGCAUCCGCGGAGGAAGACCUUAACCCCGAUCGUCCAUACCUUAUCAUCAAGAAUGCAGAGCCACCACCCACGGAUCCGUCGCUGGUUUUGAGGCGACUCACCAGGGCUGUUGCUGCUGGUGGUGAUGGUGGUGAUGGUGGCGGCGCAAGCGGAAGCGGAAGCGGCUUCUGCCCUGCGUUGAGUCGUCAUGGCUACCAGACACUCUCCUGCUGCGCAGAGCGCAUGCAGGUGACUUUCCGAGACUUUGGCUGGGACCACUGGAUCGUGUAUCCACCCAGCUUCUCCACGGUCGUUUGCGUGGGUGUGUGUGCGGGUGGCAGCGUGGCUUCUGUGACUGGACGUGAAGAGGGUGGAGCCUCUGCCAGUAGUUCUGGUGAAACCCUUGCAUCCACCUGCCAACCCAAUGAAAGCUCGGCCCUGACCUUGGUUUACCAACGGGAUCCCAGCACCCUUGUGGUCGCGACGAUCCCGGAUCUCAUCAACCACAACUGCGCAUGCCUGCCGACAUGAAAGACGCUUCCGGUUCUGAAUUAGGAUCGGACACCACUGAUCACGGAUUCCCAAUCCUCACAGCAACUACAGAAUAAUAAUGAUAAUAAUGAUAACAAUAAUAAACCCGACAUUAGAAUCUGUUCAAAAGUUUCAGAAAGCGACACAGCUUGGCGUUCAUCGUGACGAUGAUGAAGUUCCUAAACAAAAUUUACAGGAAUGGAGAAAAUGUCUAAACUAAACACUGCGAUUGUUCAGCAGUGUCCAAGACUAGCAAUGAACAAUACAACUGAUGAAUAAGACAGUGUUACAUACAGGCCAACUAACGUGUGUUGGGCUGGUAUUUAAUUUGUACAUUUUUUUCUUUCAAAAAACAAAUUUUGUUUGUGAAGGCGGGUUUUUUUUAUAUUUUUUUUUUCUUUUUUUUAGCUUUUUGUAGAACGGUUUAUGAACAUGUCAUAAUGAGCUAAAUGAACAUGGACUUCAAGAAGUCAGGGUGAUGAAGCUGAAAGAGCUUUUAAGUAUUUUGAAGCAUCAGGUGAAAUGAGAGAAUGAUUUUUCACCUUUGCCAUCUGUUAAUCACAACAGGGGGUAGGGGUGGUAGCGAUUGUUUGUUUACCUUUUAUUAUCUGCAGACACAUUCUGAACGACAAAUUCUUGUUAGUUGCUUUACUAAUACAAACAUGGCUACUACCACUGCGGGGUUAAAAGCAACAGCAAAAAUCAUCAUCAUCAUCAUCAUCAUCUCAUCAUCAUCAUCAUCAUCAUUAUCAUCAUCAUUAUUAUCAACAUGGUCGUCAUUUUCAUCAUCGCCUAGGUCUUCAAGCAUCACCCAUGUUCCUGCGGUUGACAACGGUUCGGAAUGAGUGUGAAGACACUGCACGAAGUACAAAAGAAUUGGUCUCGUGGCUGUUGCUGAAAAAUGUAAAAACUCUCUCACGCGCUCGAGUGAAGAGGGUCCUCAUCCCAGUCGGCGUCAGCCCGCCAUGUAAACACUUGUGGUCUGAAGUCAGGCGCUCAGCCACAUGAUGAAAUUAAGCAUGGCUUUUCAAAAAUGCUUUUUCUCAAAAAAAGUUGGACCAGGACGAGUUAACUUCGGCAUUGCACAAAAAUUAGAGAAAAAGUCAGAGCUAAAGCUUCAGUUGAUUUUUUUUUUUUUUUUUUUUUUUUUUUUUUUUUUUGAGGGGGAGUAAACCAUUUCGGGUGUGUACUUCAUUAUUCAUCACAGUGUUCUUUCGUGAUCUUUUGUCGUGAGGCAGUUUUCAUCCAAUACAUUGACUGGCCCCAUUGCCGCACUUCUUCGAAAUGGUCGACAAAAUAAUUUGUUUGAAUAGUUUGAUAAUUGGUUUUCUCGUGGCACGAAGUGUGCAGACCUGUUAGCUUUGUAUGUGUGCUUCGGGAAGAGGGACUUAGCAUCAAGGUACAACCUGCUCGUUGAAGUCAAGUUUGAAACGAGCUUUCAUCAUCAACGCACAAUGUUCUCGUCCAUCUUAAAUUUUGAACAGCUUGGUUGAGGUUGACCUUUCAGCUGGUAAGUUGCUGGACAGGUUUAUCAACAUCACCAGCUGAGUUAUACUAGCACAAAAACUUCUCUCUCUCUCACUCACACACACACACACCUUUCCUUUAAAGUUUGUAGGUGUUUGUAGUCCUCUUGUAGCCAAAGAAAUACUGAGAAUCGUUCUUAUUCCGCGGUGAUUCCAUGUCUCCCUCGUUAACUGUACUUCCAACACCUCCGUCUCUAAUUAACAACAAACGGUCAAGACGCCAUCUUGCUUUUCAAGAUCACUUCCGGUCCAGGACAUCCAUUGACGUCUGCUGCCAACGAGUUUUCUUGUGGACACCCCACACUGAAUGGAUUCUCUCAAGACAGAUGAUCGACCUUCUACUGGUCAGCAUGACCGAGAUUUCUUCACCUGUCAGUGUGAUGUCUGCCGUUCACUGGCUGGACACAGAGCCAACCAAAUAAUAAUAAUAAAUUUGUAAAACUUAUUUCUGUGUGCGGAGGCGAGUUCAAUGUGCUCAUUGUACACGACUGUUAUAAAAUUUCAGGCUCAUUCCGUGGUCAAACAUCAAUAACCAUGAGGCCUUGCGACUGCGGCAUUCUGCCCACCCUGGACACACGACUGUCCGCGUCCUACCAUCUGUCUUCAAGCCGAGCUCAGCCGCCCCCUCAUGUCAUUCUCCAUUCCAGACACAUUAAGGGUGCAGGUUGGUAAAUGAUGCACAGGGGAUUUUUUUUAAAUCCCUGCUACCCCCUACCCUUUCUGAGAAUGUAAUGUUUAUUAGUAGGUGGGGGAUGAUGUCAGCAAAGCCCGGCCAUUAAUUAAAUAAUCAGUUCCACAAGUGUUAAUGGAGGUCAUUUUGUCAAACGAAUUUCUUGAGCUGUGAAGCUACAGCAACUGACUACAGAAACUGCUGACACUGCACGGCUGUGAUUUACUAUUAUUGUUGUUAUUCUUGGGUGACGUGCACAGAAGACGCCAACGCAGACGUCACGAAUCGUUAGAAGUGUCUGUCACCGCGACCUGCUCUCCCGCCCUCGCCCUCGACAACAAAAGUCGGUAGAUUUAUUGUUGACAUUUUUGUGGGAGGUUUUUUUUUUAUUAUUAUUAUUUAUUAUUAUUGAAAAACCCGCUCUGGACAUUUGACGCACAUCUCGUCACUUUAUUGUCUUCUUCUUUUUGUCUACAAUUCUACAGUUGCGAUGCUCAUAAAUCCGAAAUUACUGGUUCUAUUUAAGAAAUUUCUAUUUCCAAGGCCAGACGGUAUUUAUCUAUUUAUUCGUUCGUCUGUUCGUUGUCAGCAGUUAAAGUUGUAGUCACCGCUUCAAGGGUGGAUUAUUGCGGUCGUAGUGAUGGCUGGGUAUGCGACUGAAGCAGCGAGUGCAUGAUGCGGGGGAGUGUGUGUGUGUUUUAGUAUUUUUGUUAGGACAGAGGAUGUGAGAAAUCUCUGACAUUAACCUCUUAUCUGUUGUGUUCGGCAAUGUUCCAGUGGUGUCUCCUCAGUGUUUGCCAGCGGGGUGGGUCUGCGCUGUUUCACGAGUAAUAGGCUGAGUCCGCUUGGCGCAGGGUGGAUCACGCUCUAGAAACUGGAGAGGUCCUUUCCCCUCGACCCCACCCGCCACCCGCCACUCUCCCAGCACAGGGCCGGAUUGGCUUUGAGGAGAAUGUCCUUCUUGAGAGGUGAUUGUAGAAGAGUCGUGCCAGGAUUGUGCCUGCUAUGGAAAGCAAAGAACUAUCACUGAUCCUUUGCAGGACUGGCGGCUGCACUUAGUAGACGUGUCUGUGCUGGCAUCCUGGAGUUGCUCAGAGUUUCAUUCCACAUGAAUGGGUCGUCUGCUGCAACAAAGUCACACCAACUGCUAUGUGAAGCUCGGUAGUUGCCAUCUGAUUGCAUGAUGACCUUGUUGACUUCCUUUUCUUUGGGUGGCGGGUGUGGAUGGGGGAAGGUCUGGUGGCGCAACGGUUAGCGCCUGUCACCAACACAGUGAAGGUUGUCUGUCCUGAGUUCAGCUCUCGUCUCAGGCACGCUGUUCUUUCUCUGAUUGUGGCAUCUGUUUACAGGGCUGGCUGGCUUCUUGUGGAUAUAGCCUUAGUUGCUGGCUUCGUAAAACACCGAUCACCAACCCUCUCUUUGGGUGGCGGGUCAAAGUUGUAGUUCGUCUCCACCUUGGGGAAAGCAGGCAAUGUUUUCAUUAUUAUUAGAGGAGGGGGGGCGGCUUAGGGCACCGUCGAAUGCAGGUGUUGCUUUUCAGUUAGAAGCUUUGUCUCAUCAUCACUCAGGAUCGGGGACGAUGAUUGUGGACCAGAGCUUUGAAAACAUUGUAGAAGAGCUUGAGGUCGUGUUUUCGGCAGCUUUCCUCCUGUCAAAUCUCGCCAAGCCUCUUCUUUACCUUGGCUCCAAAGCUGAAGUGUGCUCCCUCUUAUGGGGUGUUGUAGUCAUUGUGAUGUGCGCAGAAAUGUCUGCCUUUCUCUAACAGUAUUACCUUGAUUUCUACGUGACUUUGUCAAUUCAUUCUUGAUGACGGCUGGUGACACAAGGUGUUCCAAAAUUAACUGAGUGGACUACAUCUUGGAAGGAUUUCUCAAUGCCAGACUCGACGCAGGGGAUGUCCUGCAGCUUUCUGGCCAGGGCAAAAGUGAACUUUUUUGCAUUUCUGUUGAUCGACAAUUUGUAGACAUUGUUCUUCCUUGUAUUCCUCUGUCCCUGUGGCCUUCGCUUCGACAGGAUGCACAGGUUCAGUUCGGACACGAUGACCCUAGGACCUGAGUAGUCCAGGAUUCGGCAGUCCAGACAGUUGGAGACAGGUCGGGAUGAUGUGGAUGGCCAGGAUAUCAUGUGUCUCACAAUGCCAUUAGUGUACUCCACUGCUGGGGUCGCCUUAUUAUGUGAUGGGCCAGUGGCUUUCACAUUGUCUACCGGGCCCAGUCUUUAACAUACUACAUGUAUAGGGUAUACAGAAACCCUGACAUACUAGGGUAGACAGCCCCUUGCAUACCAUGGUAGACAACCUGAAUUUGGUCACUAUGGGUUUGGGACCCUCCAGCUACCAUCACCAGGUUUAACAGGCAGGGUGCACAUGCUGUUGCAGGCAAACAGCUUCUGCAGGUACUGGUGAUAGGACGAAGGGACUACCGAUGCAUGAGCUAUCCUAAGAACACAACAGUUUCCCACACCAGAGCUACUACCCCUGUCUGUCCAUCCCAUACACCCCAUUUAUGAGCUACAUUUAUACAAAUUAUGUGCUGUAUUCGUAUUCACAAAUUAUCUGUUUGUAUCAACUUUCUUUAAAACAGUUUCUAGGUAGGCUCUUCGAAAUAUUGAAACCAAAGACCAAUCAUUAACACAUCCUCAUUCAACUGUGUACCAUCAUAUAAAAGCACAAUAAUUUAAUAUGAAGUCGGUAAUUAAUAUACACUAUUUAAAACUUAAACUUAUACAAAUAAUAGUCGUAGUACUUGGAUACAGUUAACAAGUGUGUUAAAACUUCAGCAGACUGUACAGAUUUAGCAGUAUACACACAUUCACACAAGUAUUCAUGCUCAAUAAUAACAACAGUUAUAUCUGCUGAAGGCAUUGAAAACUAGAAGUUCACUAGGUAAAUAAAUUUCAGCCAAUUCUAAAGUUUUGAAAAUAGUAUGACAGUCAAGUCUCCUACCUCCUCAGUUAAAUUUGAAAGUAUGGUUGUGUAUUUUCAUGUAGGCUUUGCAUGUAUAUCACUUGUUGAAUUGUGCAUUGAAUGUUAUGGAAACCAUGCUUUCGUCUUUACAGUAAGAGCCAUAUGUUCCUCACAUUAUUUUACCUUCUCAAAGAAUCUAGAAAAUGCUGUAUGGUAAGUGACCUAUCAGCGUGUCGCCUCCUAGAUUUUCACAAAUCAUGUUAUCCAUGUGACUUUUUUUUUCUUUUAGUAACUUUGAAGAAGAAAAGGUAAUACAGUGUAACAGCCCUAAAAGCAGUGAAUUGCAAGUGGUUCAUCAUAUCUAAGGCAUAGCAUGUGAAAUAUGGGGCCCACUCCUCUCUUUCCACUGCCUUUCAUCCUCCAUGAUCAGGUAGUUAUGUGGGGGGAAAGAGAUGAGACCUUUUCCAAUCAGGGGCCUCAAGCCAGUGACCUACCAUGUGCAACACACAAACCACCAGCCUAAAGAACUUCUUUACCUUAUAGAUAGUGAAUAUAAUCCUCUUCAUGUGCUCUUCCAUAAAAUAAUACCAGUUAAAUAACAGCAUUAUUUAAUUCUUGUUACUAAGCUUUAACUAAUUUUUGUUUCAUUAAGCAAAUUUAAAUGGCACUUCUGCAUGAUCAAAUUUAUUUGUUUGUUUCUAUAGUCUUGAUGAUUAUUAUUCUGUUUCUCAUUGUCUUGCAGUCUAUGACUUACAACUUUUAUGAUGGUUUCAAAGUGAAAGGUAUAUAAUUCAUGAGUCAAUGUGCAAUAUCAUAUGAUUUAUGAUAUCAAAUGUGCAAUAGUGUGCUUUAUCUUACCAUACCAAAGACUGGUACAAUGUAUAAGCAUUCAUCAAAGGGUUACAACAACUGAGUCAGAGCUAGUAACCAUCCUGAUUUUUUUUUUAAUAGAAGUCUUGACGCCACAUAUUUUGGGUAAUUUUUUUUUAAUAUGGUCAUUGACAGAACAGUAUUAACUGAAUUCUGUUAUUCCCAAUGGGAAUCUUAUAAAACAGUGAUUUUACCCUAGUAAGGCAUAUGAGAAGAAAACUCAACACGUUUGCAUGUACACACAUGCAUGGGCACAGACCAGUUCACAUCCACAAAUACACACAAACACACACAUACUUUCUCUCUUUGCCUUCUUUAAAAAAAUAUUUUUAAAGGGUACCUUAAAAUUCUAUUAAGAGAUUCAUUUCCUAAUUUCACUUGUUUAAUUUACAUAAUUUUUUUCAUUUUCAACGUUACAAAACUGAAGUUAUUUAAAUGCUAGUUAUUUUUUUACACUUUCUCUGAAAAUAUAUGCCUCAUCCCUGUCAGCAGUUUUAAGGGAAUCUGGAAACAUCAAUAAAAAUUCCAGUAUUGUGUGUGGGAGUGGCAUUCCGCUCCAAAAUGGUUGGAUACUGUUAUUGUUAUAUGUGAAAAUUGUUGACAUUUUAAUUCUGUUAACAGGAAACAAAAAGGAGGAUUAAAAUACAAAUCUAAACAAA